AUGUAUUUGGCAGGUAUUGAGUCUCGCCUGGACUACAUCAAAGACCUUGGUGUUGGUGCCUUGUGGAUGGGUUCUGUCUACAAGAGCCCCAUAAAGGACUUUGGCUAUGAUGUGUCUGAUUUCAAGGAUAUAGAUCCUGUGUUUGGUACCCUGGAUGAUAUGAAGAAUCUGAUAGCAAAAAUGAAAGAAAUAGGUCUCCACUUGAUACUGGACUUCAUCCCCAAUCACACCAGUGACCAGCACCCUUGGUUUAACAACAGCCGCCAGGCCACUGAUCCCAGUGACCGCUACUACAGUUACUAUGUCUGGAGAGACUGUGGGAAUGACACAUACAGGGACUACCCUACCAACUGGGUUUCAGUGUUUGGAAACAGUAGUUGGACAUAUGACAGUGUCAGAAAGCAAUGCUAUCUUCACCAGUACCUGAAAGAGCAGCCAGAUCUGAAUCUAAUGAACCCUUAUGUCCAAGAAGAACUGGAGAAUAUCCUACAAUACUGGAUGGACCUUGGGGUGGAUGGUUUCCGUGUAAGUGCCACAUCUCACCUGUUUGAAGACUACCUGUGGCGAAAUGAACCCAUCAUUGACAGCACCAAGAGUCAGGUUGACUACCAAAAUUUCUAUCACAACUUCACGAUCUCUCAGCCAGCCACCUUUGACAUAUUGGCAAGAUGGCGAGCUCUGUUGGACCAUCAAACAGAAAAGGAUGGAGUUUAUAAGCUCCUUAUGGCUGACGUGACAGAUGCAUCGGAAGAGGACCAAAUGAAGUACUAUGGCUUGUAUGGCCGUGACGGUGCUGAUAUGCCCCACAAUUUUGGACUUUUACAAAAGUUGAACAGAAACUGUGGUGGAACUUGUGUGAAGGAGGUGGUAGACGACUGGCUGUCCAACAUGCCCCCAGGGAGAUGGCCUAAUUUUCUGGUUGGUAAUCACGACUACCCAAGGAUCUUGACCAAGAUGGAUGUACAGUUUGUGAAUGCAAUAAAUAUGUUACUGUUACUUCUUCCUGGCACACCAACUACUUACUAUGGGGAAGAGAUUGGUAUGAAUGACAUAGCACAACCCACACCACCACAAGACCCCUGGGGCAGAGACCCAGAGCGUUCCCCCAUGCAGUGGAGUAAUGCUAGUUUGGCAAGUUUCUCUAACUGUACUGGGAAUUAUGACCCCCAGAAAUGUCCCUGGCUACCUGUCAACCAAGAUUACCUAGCUGGUGUGAAUGUACAGGCACAAGAACAAGACAAGGACUCAUCUCUAAACCUGUACAAGUCUUUAGCCAAGCUACGACAAGAACCUACAUUCUUACAUGGCAAAAUGAAAUAUGCCAUUGUGGAUGAUGAUAUCUUUUCAUAUGUGAAGGACUGGCCAGGGGAGACUAAGUAA